UCCUCUAUACCUAUAAAUAAACUCCCAAUACAUAAAUCAACAUACAUACAAACUCGAGAUAUUCACAUUGCUCCCGCGAACCAAUCUUUUCGUAGUCAAUCAUCUUGAUCAAUGGCAAGUAACGUGUUUACCGUGUGCUCGGCUUCGACCCUAGUGUCAAACAACAGGGCGGCCGUUGGCUUUAGUCCUGUACUGGCUCGGUUGGGGUCACGUUCUGUGGUGUCCCCAACCAAGCCGUCAUUGAAGACCCCUUCUUCGAGGUCUUCAUUGGUGGUUAAGGCUCAACAGGCUGGGGGAAGUCCAAAGAAAAUUGGUCCAAUGGCAGAUCAACAGUUUAAUAAUAAAAAGGUUGCCUUAAUUGAGACCUCUCCUUAUGUGCGCACUCCCUGGAAUACUACCGAGGACGAAAGCGAGGUAAGAAUGUGGUUUGACAUGCCAGGACUUGGAGCUGAGAACAUUAAGGUGGAAAUCAUUGACAACUUGCUUGUGAUCAAGGGAGAUGGUGGGAUUGAUGCUUUUGGAAACAAGGUAUUUAGUCCACGUGAGACAACCCUUCACCUGCCUUUCAAUUCAUGGAAGGAAGAAAUAAUGGCUGUGUUUAAGAAUGGUGUGCUCUACAUUACUGUGCCAAAAAUUCUCAAAUUUGAGCACAAAAUCAUCCACAUUCCAGUUAGAUCUGUGUAAUGAUCAUAACUUACAACAUGUGAUGAAUGUCUUCGAAUCUGUACUGGAGACUCGUCAAUUCAAACUGGGUAUUGCCCAACAGCUUUCCUUCGAAAUUCUAAAUAAGAAGCUCUAAUUUGAUUUCAAUGUAUGUUUCAAGUUGUACGACGACUUUGUUGUUACACGACUCUGCAAUAGUAAAACAGCUGUUUUUGAAUGUA